GAGGAGCCGCUGCAUGUGCGCGCAUCUGUGGCUUCUAAAAAUCUCUGCUCGCAUCCAGCUGUCGACAGAAAGCAAAGCAAAUCACCGCUGGAUUGCUGUCUUUCUCCUCACUUUUUAAAAGCAAACAUUCGUUUUAGUUUCUCGUUAUUUUAGUCAAACCUAUUUAGAGAGAAGGAGAGGGUGAAAAAAAGAGAGCAACUUGUUCAGGAGAGACUCUCAAGACGCGCUUCUGAAGUUUGGAGAGGGGAGAGAGCGCGCGCGCGCCGAGGAUGGCUGCUCUCAUCAGCGCGUACUCGUCGUGGCCCGAGUCCUUCGAGUGUCCUCCGGGAGACGGAGAUGCGCCCGACGGACACGGCCCGCACAGGACCCCCGUGGACAAGGCGCCGGAGCCGCGGAUCCGACGGCCCAUGAACGCGUUCAUGGUCUGGGCCAAAGACGAGCGCAAGCGGCUGGCGGUCCAGAACCCGGACCUGCAUAAUGCAGAACUCAGCAAAAUGUUGGGAAAGUCAUGGAAGGCCCUGACUCCCCCUCAGAAGAGGCCGUAUGUGGAGGAGGCCGAGCGGCUGAGGGUGCAGCACAUGCAGGACUAUCCCAACUACAAGUACCGUCCUCGCCGGAAGAAACAGCUGAAACGCAUCUGUAAGAGAGUGGACCCCGGUUUCCUCCUGAGUGGGCUGGCUCCGGACCACGGCGCCCUGCCUGAGCGGGCCCUGACUCACCCCCACGAGAAAGAUGACUGUAACGGAGUCGGCAGCGGCUUUUCCGGCUCCAGCCCUGCUCUGCCCAGUGUGAGGACCUUCAGAGAUCCAGCUGGCUCCACCAGCAACUUUGACACCUACCCCUACGGCCUGCCCACGCCUCCUGAGAUGUCCCCCUUAGAUGCCAUGGACCAUGAGCACAUCCCCCCCUACUACUCCACAUCCAGCUCUUCCGUUUCUUGCUCUUCAACGGCCUCGUGUCCAGACGAGCACCACCAGAGUCAAACACACAUGGGCAGUCCGCCCCCUUACCACACUGACUACACUCAGAACCAAAUCCACUGUGGGGGCACACACUUAGGUCACAUCCCUCACAUGCCCCAAACCGGAGGCGGUCUGAUCCCCGGCCCUCCCCUGUCUUACUACGGUUCCUCUUCGUUCCCACAGAUUCACCACGGUCUCCACCAGGGCCACCUCGGUCAACUGUCCCCCCCGCCAGAGACUCAGGGACACCUUGAGACUUUGGACCAGCUGAGCCAGGCUGAGCUUCUGGGGGAGGUGGACCGCAAUGAGUUCGACCAGUACCUGAACUCUACGGGGAGCGGGUUUCACCUCGAACAGGGCGGCAUGACCGUAACGGGACACAUCCAGGUGGCUUCAGCCGCCGCCACGUCAGCCGCCGCAUGUCCCAGCAGCACCACGGAAACCAGCCUAAUUUCUGUGCUCGCAGACGCAACGGCUGCCUACUACAACAACUAUAGCGUCUCGUAAGACGUGUCCAAACUCACUUGAGACACUGAACAGGUUUAGACACGGGGGUCACAUAUUAGGGACGUCAUUGCGGUUGGGUGCUGACAAGGACAAGCUGUCAACUACAAGGCAACUGGACUUCGUUUUUACACCUUAUCUGAGGAGAAUCCAAACGAGAAGCUCCCUGGAUGAGAGGCAAAACAUCUUUUGAAAAUCAAAGCAGAGGUCCAUUUGGAAACGACUUCGAUUCGUCAAGUCUUUCGGAACACACGGCAACGAGUUUCAACCAAUUACGGACUGCAUCACUGAGCAAUAUGAUUGUCUGGAGACAAGAGGGAACAAUUUGAGGCCGAUAUGGAGAUGGACACCUCAGGGAAGCAGAGACAAAACACUCUAGUAUGCCACCGCCAGUUGUCACGAAGCAAUCGUAUGUAGCUUGCCCCAUCGAUUGUAAAUGCCACCAGCUAGUGUUGCUAGUGAGGCAUGUACAGACGCUAUUUAGAAGCUAAUUUAGGUCCCUUGAUGUUUUGCAUAAAUUGUAAUGCUGAUAUCAACACUUUCCGUUCGAUUGUUUGUAAUUGUGCUUUUGUUUUUUAGUUUUGCUCUCACCUUGUUUGGGAGUCUUACCUCAGUAGUUGUUAUUGAACAAGGUUAAAGUUUUCUUAUGCAAUUAAACUGAGUUGUGUAUCAUGAAGAAAGAAAAGGCGUUUAUAAAUUCUUCUCAAGUAAUUCCUAAUAUGUAACCAACCUCUACAAUAAAAAAUAAUAACAUUAGCUAUAAAUCUAUGCUGAUUUAGGCUUACAAUACAAUUAGUAAAUAGGUCAAUUUUAUAUAUUGCCAUUCUGGUGACAAUAGAACAAGCAUUCGUCAUUUCAUCGUCAUCAACAGGAGAACUUUAGGUGAAACAUGUAAAAGACAUUGAGAUACACUUGAUUAUAAUGAAUAAAUGCCUAAAAUAUAUAUAUAAAGAAA